GCAUGCGCCUGACAAUUUCGGCCAUAUUGUUAUGACGCAUACAAGAUCAUAGGUCUCCGCCAGUGACGAGUCUUCUCGCAGUUGACGUGGCUACUACGUACCGUCCCGUUCGCCCACUCCGGACGCAGCAUAUACGGUGACGAGGAAUACGUAACUGGUGAGCUAGUUUGGCAUGGACGGAAUGGUGGAGGAGAAUGGUACACCGAGCGGAGCGAAUGUUGCGGAUCCAUUGGCCAGCCCGGGGUCUUCCAAUACAGCCCCGCAUGUUGUAGUGACAAGUAUAGUUCAACUAACUUUACCUACACAGGCUCCAUCAGCACAGGUGCAAUCUGUAAUCCAACCAAAUCAACAAUCUGUGAUUCAAACAGCAUCUAAUAUACAGUCAGUGCAAUUACCAAAAGGCAAUGUGAUUCUUGUAAGCAAACCAAAUUCUGUUAUACACACAACACAAGGAACUUUACAAACAUUGCAAAUUAAGCCAGAGCCUAAUACAGUUGUCAGCACACAAGGACAAUCAUGCAGUGACGAAAGUGGUAGUGAUGAUGAAAGUCCAAAAAGAAAAUACAGAGAAAUGCUCACAAGGCGGCCGUCAUAUCGUAAAAUAUUGAAUGACUUGGGAGGAGCAGAAAUAGCUGAAAAUCGCAUGGGAACUAAACCAGGACCAGAGAAUGAAGUGUCGCUGUCAUCUCCUUUGUCGUUUGCACCAGUUAUUCCAGCGGGAGCUUUACAAACAGAGAGUGGUCUUCAUACUUUGGCGGUAUCAGGCACUACAGGCGGCGGCGCCAUAGUACAAUAUGCUACCACUAACCAAGAUGGACAGUUUUAUGUGCCGGGUCCUAUAUUAGAAGAUCAGACACGAAAGCGCGAACUUCGCCUUUUGAAAAACCGUGAAGCCGCCAGAGAAUGUCGGCGUAAAAAGAAGGAGUACAUUAAAUGCUUAGAAAAUAGAGUAGCUGUUUUGGAAAAUCAAAACAAAGCCUUAAUAGAAGAGCUAAAGUCACUAAAGGAGCUAUAUUGUCAACAAAAAACAGAAUGAGAUCCAGCUGGCUAGCCAGAUGUGCCAUUGAAAAUGCUGGCAGAUGCCAUGAGGCACACAUUGGCAGUAUCUAUGCUGAGUACAUAAAAUUCUAACGGCUCAAGAAGCUGUGAUGAUAAAAAUGUUCAGUUGAGUCCAAACAUACUGAAAAAUUUAACAACAAAUUGCCAAGAGUGUCAUUUACUAUAAAAAUACUUCAAAGUCAACUCCUUGAAUAUAGACCAAGAAAUAAAAAGAAACACCAACAAUUUAUAAACACCUAUCUAAUUAAGACCUGUAAAUAAUAUUAUAUUUUUAUCUGAAACUACCUGCAAACUAAUGAAUUUUAUAAAAAAAAAGUCUAUUUUGAGUAGAUUUUCAUCUAUCAUUUGAUAAAUCUUAAUGUAUUGUUAGAAUUGAUAUGUUUAUCUAUUUGAUCAUAUUCUAUAAUGUUAUUGUUUUUUUGUCAUCUAGUUGAUUAUUUUUAUGAUAUGUUGCAAAAAUCAAUACUUAUCUGUUAAAAUGUGUUGUCUCAAUACAAUAAGUUUUCUUUUUUUUUCAAUGACGACCUGUAAAAUGUUCUAAUGUAUUAUGUACUUGAAAAACGGUGACAGAAGCUCUGUUGAUAUUUUAAUUUAAUUAUAAUCUAUACGAGAAAGCCUAAAUUAAUAUGUUGUGGUUGCGUUAUUACGAUAAUUGUCUUGUUAUAUCUGAUUAUAUUUCUAUAUCUGUCCGCUUUUUCUUAAAACAAGAUAAAAAAAUGUAAAAACCUGUUUCGUAAUAACGCUCUCGAUCAAUUUAUUGGUUCCAUCUGGGACCUUCAAAGAACACGAAAAUGUUAGACAUUAUUUUGCAACUAAAUGUUUUCUUAUAAAACCCCUUAAAUAUCCUCAGGCCGGUUGCAGAGCUUGACCGACCAUCAGUGCGUACGUCAGUCGCGCUUGUCAUAUGUAUGGAAAUUCAUAAAACCGUUCAUAGCUAGACCGACCAUACGCACGCGUAUUGUCAUACGUUUAGUCAUACACAUUGUUGAUGCGUAUCGUCAGGACCGAUGGUACGCACUGACGGUCGGUGAAGCUCCUCAACCGGCCUCAGUACAUUUCAUGAUUGUAAUUUGUACAUGUUAAGUUCACUUUUAAUAUUUUGUUUCACAAGAAUUUCUAAUUAAUAGUAAUGUAUAGGAUAUGUUUUUUUUAAAUCAUACAACAGAGGUUUUUUCGUGCCAUCGCCUCAUAUUCACCUAUUAAUUGUUAAAAAAGCCUGUCUAUCAUUUUUAUUCAGAAGUAUAUACUUUUGUUAUUUCUUAUUAAAUGUAAGAGUUGUAAAUAGUCAUAUUACCAUUACAACUCAUCUAUAGCACAUUUUGUGAAGUGAACAGAAUUACCGAUUGUGAACCAUUCAUUUAAGUUGCUUAGGUAUUAUAAACGCCUAAAUAUGGUGAUUUAAUAGAUAAGCCAAAGUUAUUUUUUAGUUCAUUCGUGCAAUAACCGUAUUGCAAUGUACAGUUUAAAUUAGUGAUGUACUAAAUUUCACACAUAAAAAUGAAAUGUACAGUGUGUACAUAUAGCUUAGAUAUGUAUAGAUUGUAUUUAUAUAAAGUUUGAUUAUAUUGUACAUAUUAAAAUGAAAGAAGUAAAUUGAACGAAAAUUGACUCACUUCGCAUAUCACAAGAGGUUUUAUUAUGCUGGUUAGUUUAUACAAAAUAAACCUAUUUUAGUAUUUUUUGCUAUGGAUAAAAUUACAAUAUGUGGAGUUUUACUAAUUUUCUUUACAUUAUCUUAUCAUUUUAAUCUUCUUGGAGGGUAAUUAAUUGACUUGAUUCAUUAUUAAAUAUAAGAUUUUAUAAGUAGUCAAUUGCCAUUAAUAUCAUGCCGAACUACGUAUAAGUUUGUACUGUUAAUAGUUUUUUUGUUUCGUUUUACAAACAGAGUAGACGCAUGUCCUUAGUGGCAAAUGGCAACAAUUAAUGUAAGACAUUGUGGAAAGUGCCUUUUAAAUUAGAUUGGAUAAAGUUUAUACCAACAUAGCUUUUUAUGUUAACUUAUGCUAUUUAUAAAUAUUAAUAAUAUUAACUGUUUGAUGUA